AUUGUAUUUGAGGGGAAGAGCCCAGGUGGUUUGACUUGGCUCAGGACUGAAAUUCUUCUGUUCUUCCGUGCACGGUAUGAGCUGAGAUCAUCUGCUGCAUAUUCAAGCAAAUAUUAUCAGCUCAAAGAGUCGAAUAAUGAGUGGAAAAGUGACUCUAAUGGUUUCCUAAUGUUGGGAUUGGCCCCGAGCACUAGUACUCAGUAUUCGAAGGCUAGUCGGUUUUACCCAAGUUUCUCAAGUAGGCUGGUGGGAAGUUUGGCCUUUCGGGGAAGUCUUUCUUUUGCUGGGGUUGGCCCCUUGAUCAGUCAUCGUUCAUUUUCAUCAUCGACUAGUGAAGCUGCUAAAGGUAGCAUUGGCAGUGCAAGUAAUUGUGGUGUUGGUGGGGAAGAUUGGACUGCUAAAAUUAAGGAAAUGUGGGAAUCGACAGCUGAGGCUGCAAAAUUUACAGGGGAAAAGGCAAAAGAGGUGUCUGAUGAGGUGGUUCGUUAUGUUCAGAAGUUGCUCGAUGCUCAUCCUUCUCUUAGGGACGUAAUUGUCCCAGUGGGUGGUACCUUGGCUGGGACUUUAUUGGCUUGGUCUUUGUUGCCGAGGAUUUUCAAGCGUUUUCAUAAAUACUCUGUGGAGGGCCCGGGCUCUCUCCUUUUCAAGAGCUCGAUAUGGGGACCUGUUCCUUACGAGAAAAGCUUUUGGGGCGCAUUGGAGGAUCCCGGUAAAAUUGACAAAAGAGAAACAAAUGUCAAUGGUGGUGAAAUGGUGGCCCCAACUGUUGUUGCCUCACAGUAUGUUGCACAGGCUUGGAGGGGUGGCCUUGUUGUUUCACUUGUCUGGUUUUUACAUAGAUGGAAAACAAAUGUUAUUACCCGGGCUUUGGCUACUCAGAGCCUAGAAGGGGUCCAGAGAGAUAAGCUUUUGACUUUGGACAAAAUUUCAUCUGUGGGACUUUUUGUUGUGGGCUCGAUGGCAUUUGCUGAGGCAUAUGAAGUCGCGGUACAGUCUAUUCUGACAGUGGGAGGAAUAGGAGUGAAGGUUGAAAUUGAGAUAGUUGUUUCCGUCAUGCAGGAUCACGGGGCCGCACUGCGGAGGAUCGGCACCUCCAGCAUCGAUCACACCAUCUGCACGAUCUGGGAUAUCGAGAAGGAGGUGGUGAAGAUCGCGCACGACAAGGAGGUUUACGGCAUAACGGCCAAAGUCUCCUACUUCGCAGAGUCUCCUACUUCACAGUCCCCUGUUCUAGUGGGGAGUAAUAGGGAGAAUUACUGGACGAGUGCUGAUGCUGGACGAGUGAUGCUGAAAAACAGUUCAAGUGUUUACCAACUCGGUGAAAGCCCAUUCAGCCUGCUGUUGGUAAGGACUAGAAGCCUAUUUGUGGCUUGGGGGAUCGGGGCCGAGCCCAUUCAGCUGCUAUGUGUGAACUCUUCUGAUGGGUAUGGUGAUGGUGAUGGCUGGUUAGGUGUUCAAAUGUUCCCCAGGACGCCGAAGUCAAAGUUGUGCUGCUCAGAUGAAGCUGUCGUGAGGCAGAAAUUGUCAUCCCCAUUGUCCUUGAACAUUUUUCAGCCGAUCCCGCCAAUCACGUCCGUCGAAUCCCAUGGCGGUUUGACCUCCGACCGUGAUGCCCUCGAGGUUGAUGUAGUAAUGGUUGUUGACGAUGAGGGGUGGUUGGGAGCCGUGGAGCCUGAUCUCAUCCCCAUCGCCUAUGAUGAGCGAAGCGCGAGGACCCCGUCUCGCGAGACACGCUCGCUGUUGAGGCCUAGGACUCCGUUGGCUGGCAUAUUCCCAUCAUUAGUGGCGCAACCGAAAGUGAUGUUCUUGAGAACGAAGCUCUCGUCCUCCUCCUCGUUGUCUUCGUCGUCGAGGGGUUCGAACUCAAAUGUCUCCCGGGCAAGCCACAUAGUCCUCCUCUUCCACCAGUUCCAGAGGCUCCACAACGAAAAUCGGGCCGCUGUUGUAAAAGCUGCCCAUAUUGUAUUUGAGGGGAAGAGCCCAGGUGGUUUGACUUGGCUCAGGUUGCAAUCUUUUAGCUCUCUCUCGUUCUCCCAGAUCAUUCGAAUAGGAUCAAAUCUGCUAGGAAUGCAAGGUGUUUGUAGAAAAUCCGCAAUGAGAAUUUCAGGACUGAAAUUCUUCUGUUCUUCCGUGAAAUCUUUCUCACGGUAUGAGCUGAGACUAUCUGCUGCAUAUUCAAGCAAAUGUUAUCAGCUCAAAGAGUCAAAUAAUGAGGGGAAAAGUGACUCUAAUGGUUUCCUAAUGUUGGGAUUGGCCCCGAGCACUAGUACUCAGUAUUCGAAGGCUAGUCGGUUUUACCCAAGUUUCUCAAGUAGGCUGGUGGGAAGUUCGGCCUUUCGGGGAAGUCUUUCUUUUGCUGGGGUCAGCCCAUUGAUCAGUCAUCGUUCAUUUUCAUCAUCGGCUAGUGAAGCUGCUAAAGGUAGCAUUGGCAGUGCAAGUAAUGGUGGUGCUGGUGGGGAAGAUUGGACUGCUAAAAUUAAGGAAAUAUGGGAAUCAACAGCUGAGGCUGCAAAAUUUACAGGGGAAAAGGCAAAAGAAGUGUCUGAAGAGGUGGUUCCUCAUGUUCAGAAGUUGCUCGAUGCUCAUCCUUAUCUUAGGGACGUAAUUGUCCCAGUGGGUGGUACCUUGGCUGGGACUUUAUUGGCUUGGUCUUUGUUGCCGAGGAUUUUCAAGCGUUUUCAUAAAUACUCUGUGGAGGGCCCGGGCGCUCUCCUUUCCAAGAGUUCGAUAUGGGGGCCUGUUCCUUACGAGAAAAGCUUUUGGGGCGCGUUGGAGGCUCCCGUCAGAUAUUUCAUUACUUUUAUGGCAUUCUUGCAAAUGGGGAUAGCUUGCAAAUGUUGGGUUGGGGAGAAGAACAGUUUCCUUUCGAAAUUACAAAUACCCUUUAAAACCUCACUCAUGCUUCUCGCUGCAGGUGGUGAAAUGGUGGCCCCAACUGUUGUUGCCUCACAGUAUGUUGCACAGGCUUGGAGGGGUGGCCUUGUUGUUUCACUUGUCUGGUUUUUACAUAGAUGGAAAACAAAUGUGAUUACCCGAGCUUUGGCUACUCAGAGCCUAGAAGGGGUCCAGAGAGAUAAGCUUUUGACUUUGGACAAAAUUUCAUCUGUGGGACUUUUUGUUGUGGGCUCGAUGGCAUUUGCUGAGGCAUGUGGAGUCGCGGUACAGUCUAUUCUGACAGUUGGAGGAAUAGGAGGAGUGGCUACUGCUUUUGCAUCUAAAGACAUACUUGGGAAUGUACUUAGUGGUCUCUCCGUACAGAUUUCACAGCCAUUUUCGAUUGGUGACACAAUUAAAGUCAUCGUGAACAAAUCACGGGCCAAAUGGCGCUUCAUGCUCAGGAAAAUCCCUAUACGAACUGAAGACAUUGAUAAAAUUCCCCAAAUAUCGGACGAUAUAAAGUCAAUGCUGAAAUCUAAUGUGAAUGUGUUCUUGGAUAAGGAGCCUCCUUACUGCUAUUUGUCCCACAUUGAGCGAUCUUAUGCAGAACUGACUCUUGGAUGCAAUCUUAAACAAAUGAACAAAGAUGCUGAGCAGAAUAUUCUUCUAGAAGCUGUAAGGAUCAUCCAACGGCAUGGGGCAAUACUCGGAAGUACUCAAGAAGAGAGUAUUGUUUGA